CCGAAGGCCGACAUCGACUCGGAGUGGACCGGCAAUUGGACUCGCUUUGUCAAUCAUAGCUGUGAACCGAACGCUCGAUUUUGGCCUUACAGGGUGGGCAACCACCUUGUAAUGGUAGUCGAAGCCGUGGAAGAGAUACUCGCAGGCACAGAGAUCACUGCUGACUACGGCAAGGAAUACCUCGCCCGUUACGGGCCACAUUGCCUCUGU